GCUCGGCUCAGCUAGACUCGGGGCGUCUCGAGUUGAGCCAGUGCUCGUGGUGAAUCAUUGGCCGGCGACACCGAGGCAGCAGAUUCCAGCAGCCAUUCAUUCCACAGCAGCGCCCAAAAGAAGGCCACAGCGAGGCCGACAGCGAUUCCGAUCCCGAGCCAGACACCGAGACACCCGACAGAGACAGAGACAGAGACAGAGACCGACCAGCAAUUAGUACGAAGAGACGGAGACAAAUACAUACCUAGACAGAAGCCGAACAAGACGCAGCUCAGCUCAGCUCGGGUCAGCCCCGACAUGACAUUCCCUUCGCACUUCCACAUGUCCGGCACGUUCCACGACGGCGUCCAUCCCGGCUUGUUUCGCCCGCCCGCCUCGCCCAGCUCCAGCACCGACUACCUCCCGUCGUCGACCCUUGCCGCCGAGUCAUCCAAGCGCAAAUGGAGCCGCAGCAGCGUCCCGCGCGUCCAGACCGGCAGCUUCUUCCACGACGUCUACAUGGAGAGCGGCCCGGCUGCUGCUGGUGGUGCCGCUGCGGCGAGGUCGAGGACCUAUGCGCUGGCCGGCCAGCUUCACACGCCCGUCAUCGGCGGGUACUCUGAAGAUGUCGACGGGGACGGUGAUGGCGAUGCUGAUACCGCUAUGGGCGAGAGCAUGUACUCCGACUCCGACUACAGGCGGGCCCUCGGCACCAAGCGAUCGCGCGAGGACUUGGACGACAGCUCCGGCGGGCCGACGCCGCUCUUCAGCCAGCCCGAGCCUUCACAGUCUUCACAAUCGGGCAUCUGGGGGACGUUUUCCCUGUCCACCAUUGGCGAUGUCGUUGGGCGCGUGUGGGAGUUUUGCAAGGCCGGCGCUUUCAAGGGCUUUUAUGCAGGAGGCGGUGCAUCGUAUAAGGUGACGACUGCGGGUGUCAGCGUCGACGAGACGGGGUCCAGCGGGGAUCAGACCAGCAACUACGACUCUUCGUUUGACAGCCGCACGUCCACGCCCACCGGCCCGGCAUCCAAGAAGCGCAGACACACCGAGAGCGGCAGCGAGCUGGGCCAGAGCUGGGUCAUGAUCCAGGAGCCCAGUCGCGAGCCGGAGAUGACGACGCCGCGGAAGUUGUCCACCUCGUCUCGCGUGUCGCCUCGCCAUCGCGCGCAGCAGACGCCCCUGGCAGAGGACCACCGCAUGGGCCCUCCCAGCAGCUUCGCGACGCCCCCCACCACCUCGAGCCCUGCUCCCCUGCGCCCAGCCAGUCGCGCCGCGAGCCGUCCGGGCAGUCGGUUGGCGGAUGCCGCCAGCCUGUUCCGAACCCAGCAGCCGGCUUCGGCAGCCUCCUUUGCUUCCUUCAAAGCCCCGGCGGCCGGCAAGAGACGCCGACACACCAUUGCGCCGGCGGUUGCCGAGCCGUCGCCCCUGUCCGGACGCCGCCGGCGCGACAGCGUGGCCUCCGUAGCCACCAGCAGAGCCACUGAGAUUGAUGCGAGCCCGCGGCUGGAUGCCGAGGCGAGGCAGCUGGCCGCUCGUCGCCAGAUGGAAGAGGACGAUACCGACAAGCGCAUGGCGGCUUUCAAUAAGCAGCUGCAAGACAUGAUUCGACAGGGCAGAGCUGCUCUGGGGACGACUGUGGAGGUUGACGCUGGGUGGGAGGAUGCUCUUUGA